CAGCAGCGGCAGCAGUGGAGUGGAGAUGAUUCUAAAGUAGCAAAAUCUGACAGCUCAUUUUGAAGCAAUAAUUGUGUCUGGAUUGACACAUUAACACUGUUAAAUAUGUCUGACGAACAGAGCCGCCAAGCAUCCCAGAGGAAAACAAACACCAGCAGGAACAUCAAGAAGCUCCGGACAGUUACCAUGGUGUGCAGCCUGACGAGCAGCUGGCAGCAGUGGGUGUCAGAGAAUCAGGAAAAGCAGGCCAACGAGCCUAGUGGUUGGGCUCCGGCCUCACUGGGAGGACCAACAGAGGAACACAGAAAGACAUGGGUCCCCAAGAAACCUCCUCCCACCCAAGUCCAACCAAAGACAGUGGCGCAAACUAACAUGACUGCCUCUGGAGAAGCCGACGAGACAUCAGCUCCUCACAAGAAGACCCAGGAGGUUGCGACCCCCACUGAGCCACCGGUUGCCUCUCUUAUCAAAACGAAGCAAGUGGUGAAAACGGUGACGAGUGGAGUUCAGGAGAAAGGCAUGGGCGUCGGACUCCUGGCCGAGAAGAUCAAGAAAGACACUCUGCCAUCAAAUGAGGAGAUCGACAGGCUGCUGACUAAGAGGAGUUCGCCCACACGCCGCAGAAAGUGCUCCAACAUGGUGUCAUCGCUGACCAAGAGCUGGAGACAAGUGGAGACUGAGCAUAUGCUCGGAAAAGAGGGCAGUGGACACAUAGGGGACACUGAAACACACAACGACAACAUUUUAAAAGAAGCGGGGCAAAAAGACGAUGAAGGAGAUGCUGAGUCAGCCGUGAGGAUUAAACGACCUCCAGUCCCAACGUACAAAAAAGAAGCUGAGGACGCCAACAAGAUCAAUGCACUUGCCAAGAAAUACAGCCCGGUGGGAAACCUUAAGAGCCGGUGGCAGAACUGGGCCUCAGAGCACACGGUUAACCAGAGAUUAAACCCCUUCAGCGAAUACUUUGACUACGACUAUUCAAUGUCGCUUCGCCUUCAAAGGGGCGAGGAGGGCUACGGACGCCCCAAGGAGGGCACCAAAACAGCAGAGAGAGCCAAGCGUGCCGAGAAACACAUCCACCGCGAGAUAGCGGACAUGUGCUACGUGAUCAGGACUAUGGCUGAUCCGGACCCGGAUGGAAAGACCCGCAUCACAUUUGGAGAGCUGUUUGACAGAUAUGUGAGGAUCUCUGACAAGGUGGUCGGGAUUCUGAUGAGAGCCAGGAAACAUGGGAAGGUGGCGUUCGAAGGGGAGAUGCUGUGGCAAGGGCAGGAUGAUGGCGUGAUCAUUACUCUGCUGGGGUGAUAUCAACAACUCGGGUCAAAGUUGAACUGGAAGUCCUCUUGCGGCUAAUUUGUAUCCUUGGUCAUUAUCACAUAGGGAGAGGAGGAUUUAAAAUACCAUCUGGCCUUGGGUCUGUUUGGUGUACACAUGCCGAACAAUGUCACAGGGAUACAGACAUGACAGAGCCCGGUGGAUGAGCCCUUGUGGAUUAUUUAAAAAAGAAUGAUAUUUUUUGCUGCUAUUUUUAGAGUUACUUGAAGACUGGAUGUGUGAGUUUGAGUUGUCACACACAUCGAGCUGUGGAAGGGAUACAUAUCUGGUUUCCAUUCAGUCUCUUUUGCAUUUUGGCUUUUGUUUAAUAGAUAGUCAAGUCUGUUGAUACACGAAGUAGCAGCAGCUUUGCAGUAUGCCGUGGUGCAUUAAUUCAAGCAUGGACUGGGUUUCAUUACCUGAAUUCCUGCGGCUCAGCAUUCAUUACACUGUACCGAGCACAAUGCAGGGGAACAGAGCAGACCACAGCACUUUUAAAUCUCCUGGCCUGUUAGACUGAGCCUCUUAUAAUUAAUGUAAAGAAUGACGAUGACUUUAUUUCACUGUCGACCUUGGAUUUUAGAAUAAUUCAUGGAGUUAUAGAAACCCUAAAUAACAUUGCUAAUGUUGGGGUCAAUGUCAAUUAGUGAACCAGUCCUUCACCAAGGCGUUUAACAUUUUUUUACCAUUCACACCAGUGAACGUACUUUAAACCGUCUUGAGCCGGGCUAUAAGUCCCACAAGAAUUCAAACUAUUCCUUUAACAUAUACUUCAAUGUUGAGCUUGUGUUUUUGUGUACAUGUCAAAAGGACUGUACUGGAAAUUAAAAACUAUUUAAAACAA